GGUGGCUGCUGGCUGUCAAACUGACAAUAACAAUUGGAUGACCAAAGUGAUCAGUCGCUACUUUCAUAAAUAUUUGUACAUUUUCCGAUGAGAAUGCCCGAAGGUCUGAAGAUACCGCAGAGCACGUCGCCGGUGGCGCGCGCCGGCGCAGGGGACAUAUCCGAGAGGGAGCUCUCGAGGGAGAGAGACAGCCUGCAGGCCACGCCUCCCACCCGAGUCCAACCAGCUCACCCGAAGAAGCAGCUGUUCUCAGUACCCGUUAACAAGUUCACAGCCAAGAGCAGCGUGCCCAGCCCCAACCUGGCACGCAUCAAGAGCUGCCUCGACCAGUUCCGCGCGCAGACGCCCGCGCGCCGCGUGCGCGUGCGGCCCAAGGCCGUCUCCAUGGAGGACCUCACGCCCACCAAGAGGACCAGGAACAUGAGGGAAGAAAGCAGCCUGGAAGCGGUGAAGUCGCCUGGGCUGCAGUCGGCGGCUGAGGAGCAGGCGGCACGUAAGGUGUACGACUUCCUGGUGGUCAGCGCCUGGCGGCGGCGCAGGGACGAGGUUCGAUGCCUGAGGAAGACGCUGGAGUGCCAGGUGUCAUGCUCGGAGCGCCUGCGCAUCCAGGUGUCCACGCUGAAAGCGCUGCUGGAGUCAGACACCGCUAAGGUGCGGCUGGCCAUGCGAGAGCUGGAGCGCCUCAAGCAGCUGCUUCGUGACGGGGACGUCGAGAAGGCGCUGCUGCAGCGGGAAAAACUGGCUCUCGAGCGCGACGUGUGCGCGGCGCACGACCAGGCCUCCGAGAUGAGCAUCGACCGCUUUUGA